GCUCCUGACAGCUGACAAUAAUAUAGAAGAAACUGCGCUUUCUGCCUUCAAAUUUCUACGUUUUAAAUGCGCUGACUGUUUACCAUAUCACUGAAAGUUGGGACUCCAUGUGUUGCUGUACAAAUGUGACAUCAUUAAGAGAAUUUAGUCAGUGUUUCCUUGAGGAGAAAAUAGGUUCAGUUGAUCUGUGGCUUUGUUAACAUCAGCGACGGAAGCCCUUCAUGAUCUGAGACUGGUCAGAGACCUCAGGUGAUGCUAAACACACCCCCUCCCCUCAUCGAUGGCAAAUUGCCUGUGUUCGUCUUCCCAACGUCGCUGACCUUCUAUUCUGAUGAUCAGUCCAGUCAUAAACAAGUCGUCACUCUCUACAACCCAUAUGAUUUUGCUAUCAGGUUCAAAGUAUUGUGUACAGCGCCAAGAAAAUAUUCAGUUGUUGAUUCUGAAGGAACUAUUAAACCAAGAUGCUGUGUGGAUAUAGUUGUCCGUCACACAGACAUCUGCAUCAACCAUGAGGGCAUUCGAGACAAAUUCCGUAUCCAUGUGUCAGAGCAUGGGCAGAAAAAAGUUUUAGGACGAAAGGACGUACUGUCAGUCUUGUUACCAACCCGUGAGAAGACCCCACCCCCAGAGGAACAUUUUGAGUCUUUACCACCCAUGUCCAUGUCUCCGGGACACUCGCAGCAGCCCCUGGUCCACAGACACACCCCAGGUCGCCCUUUGCCCGUAGCGUCCGGCCCGGGGGUACUGGUGGUGUGUAUAGGAAUGGUGUGUAUAGCUGCCCUCAUGCUACCCGGCCCCACUCAGGGGGAGAAAAACACAUCUUUACCCGAAUACCUUCAUCUGAGUUUACACCAGAAACUGAUAGCGGCAUAUAUUCUAGGUCUUGUUACCAUGGUGAUUCUAAGAGCGUGACAGUAAUUCUCUUUUAGCCACAAGAUUUUAGCGCCCAAAAUUUGUCACUUUGCUGCCAUAAUAGAACAACAUGCUGGAACUGUUCCAUAUGAUUGCAGAGUGUUCUAUAUGUGUUGAAGCUGGAUUGUGUGUCUGCUGUCUGUCUGUAUGGCUGUCUGUUUGUUUGUCUGAAUUUUAACUUAAUUCUCAACUGUACAAUGCCUUUAUUUAAGUCAUGAAUAAAUUUCAUACUCUCAUGUAA